CAUGUCCAACUGCGGCCAUGAAGAUCUCGGGAGAGGCAGAACAUGCAACAGACCUAUAAUGAAGCUGUCUGCUAUUGAUUUCGACAAAAAUUGAACGUAUUCGAUUUGUGUCAAGACAUAUCUUCUUUGCAAGGAAACCAGUUAGACCUUAAUCAUGGGUGCAGAGGAGUCUACAAACCUGCCACCAGUCCAAAUCGAUCCUCAUUGCUUGUGCUUAAUCAUCAAAAUACCAGACAAAAUCCAAGUCAUCAAUGCUACUGACCAGGAAUAUACACUCAUCCGGACAGCCAUCUUGAAAACCUGGAAGGAAGGAAUCCAGAUAGUAAAACUUAAAUGUGGUAAAAGUGUGUUAAGCUUCAAAUUGAAAGGCCUUCCUUUUGAGACAGGACUUCUGAGUCAAAAUAGCAGAGAUGUUGUUUGUGAAAUUCUUCAUCAUCUGCAAGAACGAGGUUGGCAUCAUCUGGUAUCGACCAAUCUUACCUAUGCUCGUGACUUGUUCACCUUUAUUUUCAUAAAGCAAAGGCCGAUGGAGAUGAAUCAUUUGGGCUAUAUGUCUCUCAGCUCCAACGAUAAGCUUCAAUUUUGUAACCUAUUACCAGGAACGUUUGAAGAAGCCCUCGAGGCAUCCAAAAUGUAUCCACCAGGAAGCCAUCGUGGUGAAUUACUGGAAUACAAGCCGAAUACCUAUGAGCUUGUCCUUGGUGGUUGUCCCUGGGGUGGAAAGUCGUACAAGCAUGCCGAGGCAAGGUACUUGUUAAUCAAACUGUUGUCAAUUGUACUCUGCAAACACCAAUUUGUUUGUACCAUGAAUAUUAAGCGAACAGAAGAUACGUUUCUGUUUUGUCCAAAAACAACAACUGAAAACAUCAAGGACUCCGACUUWGUAAUCGUCACCUUGAGAAAAACCAAAAAGAUCCAAAUCUACAAUGCCACGGACGAACUUGCUGAAACAUUGCAUCAGCUCGUCAACAACACUUUCCAGAGUAGAGGUGUCAAAAUCGAACGAAAGAUCGAGCAUGUGUCACAUAAAAUUGAGUACAAGUUCAAGUUCCCAAUGAAAUCCGACUCAGACAUUCCAAAGUCCUGUUUUAUUAAGUUCUUCGUCUGCAAGCUGCUAGAGACCAUGAGAGCACAUGGAUGGAAGAUCCUUACUGGCUUUGAUAUGUCACGAGGUCUSUCGUACAAAAGUGAGCUACUUUUCCAACGCGGUACAUAUCUGGCCAAUUGUAAAGCCUUCUGUCUAAGUCCUAUAGAAGGAAGUCGUCUUUCAUUGUUCAAUGCCCCRAGGGAUAUCGUCAACGACUGUACACAUAUCCUCAAAUCUCAUUGGCACAAGCCACUGAAACACUGUGCUGAAGUUGGGAAUAUCAUCACCUAUCAAGUGUUUGGCUUAGAUGGUAAUCCUUGGGAUGGCACUAGCUUAGAUGCUUAUUAUGCCCAUGGAAUCAUGUGUCAUAUCUUAAAGAGGUUUUCUGAGAAAGGAUACGCUCUUGUGCUAGCUGCCGAUAUUAUUGGUGAUUGCAUAGAAUAUGAUCAAGGAAAAAGCUACGAACAUAAUCCUAACGCAUGGUGGUUUUUGCACGGGCCGGAAGACUGGGAACGCCUUCAGCCAUCGGCUCCACCACCUAGUUCAGAAUUGGCCGCUGCGGCAAGUAACUUGCCUUCUAUAAAUUCCGUACUAAGGGAUGACUUUAAACAGCCACCCGUUCCUGACUUCUACGCGCAUCCUGGUACCCGUCCUCCGCAAUUGUACCCACCGCACAACCCUUCAGAAGCAAGCAACAUCCUGGUACCGCAUCCUGGCACCUUUCCUCCUACACCCUACCCACCACACAACCCUUCAGAAGCAAGCAACAUCCUGGUGCAGCAUCCUGGUACCUUUCCUCCUACACCCUACCCACCGCACAACCCUUCAGAAGCAAGCAACAGUAGCGAAAAAGGAGCUUUAGAAGACGAGAUGCCACCGCCGCCGAGUUAUGAAUCAGUUAUGAAGCAGGAAGGACGAAUGUUUUAGAAUGUGGUCUUCAGGGACACUAGGAAGGACAGUGCAAGCUUUUGGUCCCUCCUGGAAAUUGUCAUUGAAAGGGUAAACCAAAGAGACAAGGGAAAAGAUGAGAGGUAUUUGUUAUGCGUGCAGGAGACUUGCCAUACUUGAGUGUCAAAACAUUGAACUAUAAAGGCAACCACGAAAACUGAACUUAAAAAUUGUACAAAUUUGUUUUAAUUCACUGUUUAAUGCAGUCAAUUGCGAAAUAUCUGUUAAGAUUAUUAAGAGUGGUUUUUCAUUGAAAACGAGUAGCCAUUUUAUCUACUGUGAUUCCUUGCAGGUCGGUAUAGCUAAACCCAAAAGUGCUGGAAUUGUAGAGUAGAAAGUGCACAUGCCGCGUGAAAUAACAAGCCUGUUUAAGUUUACCAGACUUAGCCUGCUAAACCUAGUUUGCGACAUUGUAGCUACUAUCAACAUAAAUUUGAUGAAGACAUAGAAUUUUAUGUAAUGACUUUAUUGCCCGAGGCAAAACAUUCUAUUGUAGGCGUUUUAGGCUUCAAAUUUUGUGUAUAUUGUUAAGCAAUGAAUGAGAGAUCGAUCUAUUUAGACUUAUUUCAAAACAAGGUUGUUGCAGACAAUAUACGAGCAAAAGUACCCCUUGCAAGGUAUUGAUUGAUAAAUACUUAUAAUACGAAAGAUGGCAAAGAAAUUUAUAAUCUAGUACCACAAUAUUGUCUGCCUUUGUGAUGAAUAUUAGCAACAAAGUUCACAGACAGUUUAAGUGCUUUCCACUCUCUCCAACAAUCCUUUUUGGAGUAUCUAAUACAUGUACAUUAAACAAUAAUGUCUAGGCAGUCUUAGCUGYAUUAAAAUGGCCUCUAGGGGUUGUUUUUCAAGUCUA